UAUGAAAAAUGUAUGCACUCACUAACUGUAAGUCGCUCUGGAUAAGAGCGUCUGCUAAAUGACUCAAAUGUAAUAUGUAAAUGCUCAGGCAAAAGCGAUCUGAAUUGCUUUGGUUUACAUGAACUGUGACCCUUGGUGACAGAACAGGUAGCACACGUGGUGUUCAAGCUAAGUUUUCUCAAUAUUCCUCUGAUGUGAGAUUAGAUCCUAAAAUAGGUCAGCCUUGUUCCCAUACAUCAUUCAUUUGUUUUACUUAUGGGGAAUCUGUGGAAAGCAACUCUAAGCGCUAACUAGAAAACGUAGACAGCACUACAGGAGCCACCAGGCAUCAUUUCUCCUCUUGGUUUAUGUCUUGAAUUUUUGUUUUAUGUCUAUUUUUUAGGUAGGACGGACAUACCUAAUCAAAGCUAGUUAACGUUCCCUCUCCGGUGUGUUUUUAAGUAUCGAAAUAAAAUGUCAAAAUACAUGGAAACAUUUUUGUAUGAUAUUUCAGUUGUACACGAGUUACUGUCAUUUUAUAUUUUAACAUUUUAUAACAAAUGUAUUUAUGGCUCCUGUAUAUACUGGUAAUAAAGAGAGAGAAUCUGGAAAAAGUAAUAUAUUCCUUGCAUAACACUAGGUACUGUUAUUCCUUAAGUAACACUAGGUACUGUUAUUCCUUAAGUAACACUAGGUACUGUUAUUCCUUAAGUAACACUAGGUACUGUUAUUCCUUAAGUAACACUAGGUACUGUUAUUCCUUAAGUAACACUAGGUACUGUUAUUCCUUAAGUAACACUAGGUACUGUUAUUCCUUAAGUAACACUAGGUACUGUUAUUCCUUGCGUAACACUAGGUACUGUUAUUCCUUAAGUAACACUAGGUACUGUUAUUCCUUAAGUAACACUAGGUACUGUUAUUCCUUAAGUAACACUAGGUACUGUCAUUUCUUGCGUAACACUAGGUACUGUUAUUCCUUAAGUAACACUAGGUACUGUUAUUCCUUAAGUAACACUAGGUACUGUUAUUCCUUAAGUAACACUAGGUACUGUUAUUCCUUAAGUAACACUAGGUACUGUUAUUCCUUAAGUAACACUAGGUACUGUUAUUCCUUAAGUAACACUAGGUACUGUUAUUCCUUAAGUAACACUAGGUACUGUUAUUCCUUAAGUAACACUAGGUACUGUUAUUCCUUAAGUAACACUAGGUACUGUUAUUCCUUAAGUAACACUAGGUACUGUUAUUCCUUAAGUAACACUAGGUACUGUUAUUUCUUGCGUAACACUAGGUACUGUUAUUCCUUGAGUAACACUAGGUACUGUUAUUCUUUGCGUAACACUAGGUACUGUUAUUCUUUGCGUAACACUAGGUACUGUUAUUCCUUGCGUAACACUAGGUACUGUUAUUCCUUGCGUAACACUAGGUACUAUUAUUCCUUGCAUAACACAAAGUACUGUUAUUCCUUGCGUAACACUAGCUAGUUACUUUAAGUCUCCUUACCACUAAUCACACUGUUGGUAAUUUGCAUUCCAACCUCGAAGAAACUAAACCAUACUCAUUUUUUGUACUUUUUUUGACCUCUCUUGAGUUCUGGUACUGGGGGCAAUGUAGCGCUUUGAUUAAAACAACGUUUUAAUUCAGGUUGGGGGCUUAGUAGUUGAGAUCGUGAUGUAACAACCUCAUGAUUAUAACAAUAUUAGCUAGCUGGGUUUGUCUCUUGGCGGGAAUUAGAGGGAAUAAGAGAUUGCAUUCAUUUUAUUGUUAAAAUGAUGACAUUCCAGUCUCUUCUUGCUGACACUAAUAUCCUUUCUAUCUUUUUUUUCUUUGUUUGUUUUUUGUUUCUAAC